GUUUUCAACCAGUCAAAUACUGUCUAAAUUCAAUUUGUCAAAAUUUCAACGUGUUCAAGUCAAUAAAUUUUCUGUAGGAUCAAAAUUCCUGCGAGUAUGAUGAAUUAUGUCCCAUUCGAAUAAAAAUUUAUGUGAUGAGUUCAAAGUUAAAUCUGAUGAUACAAUAAGCCCUUUUGACAAUAUUAGUUCCGAUAUAAAAUUCGAAGAAAAUCAAGUACAGUUUAUUCCGGUCCGAUUACAAAAUGAAAGCCAAAGCAUUAAACAUACCAGAAGGCUAAAAUUUCGAAUAGGAAGAAAAGUAGUAGAAAAGAGUAAUUCGGAGGAAAAAAAUUGUUGUUUUGGACUCCCACAAAAACCUAUUUCUGAACUCGAGAACUCAACUAUUAACCACAUUUCAACAUAUUCGAAAGGGGAUACUGAUUGCUCAAACGAUGAUGAGAAUAUUGCAUGUUCGAAAUUUUACCCAAAAACGAAACACGAAAAAAUAGGCACUGCUCAUUCGGAAAAUCAAGAACAGAAUGAUGAGACCGCUUUCGAUCACUUAUCAGUCUCCGGAAAUUUCCAAGAUUUCAUUCGAAACGAAGAGGAACACACCAGUAAAUCAAUCUACAUCACCGCAACCUAUGUUUAUAACAUGCAACAAUCAUUUAAUGUUACUGAACACAGAGAUGGAGAAAACUGCUCCAAUUCAGGAAUGGAAUUUCGUUUCAGACAAAAUAAAGCAGUCGGCACUGUACAGACAGAACACAAAGAAACAAAAAAUUAUUCGAGAAAAAUGCGUAUCUCGUUAAAAAAAGAAGAUCGAGACAAUUCGAUGUAUCCGUUUCAUUUUUUGGAAAGGGAAACUUCUGAUAACCUACACUUCGAUGGCCCCUUUGUUGACAGUACACCGCCGAAGAGGGGAAAAUUAAAUGAAAAUGUAAUCAAAACCGAGAGUAAAAGCUCCAAAGCCAUAAAUACAACUGGCAGUUGUCCAAAACGAGCUUCAAUCUGUGAUAAUUCCUUGAAAAGGAGAAGUGGUCACGAAAAUGUAUCGCUUUCGAGAGAAAUUGAUCAUGAAUCCACUUAUAUCAGUUCAAAGUCCCUGAGAUCAAUGGGAAGAAUCAAUAGAAAUAUUUCGAAAAGAUUCUCGAAUGAAGAUUUGGCAACUGCGAAUGAAGAAUAUAAAGUGAACAUACAAGGUUCGAAAAAAAAGAAAGAAUUAAAAACACUCACGGACAAGUAUUUCGUUCUAAAAAAGGGGGAAAUGAAUUGUCAUCAGAGUUUUACGAAAAGAGACUGUUGUCGAUCACGAUUUGGAUCGAAAACUAUUGACCAGUCUAGGUCUUCCGACAAUUUAUUCCAUCAUUUACCAUUUCAAAGUAAGUUGAGCGAAUUGAUGAAUUUCGAAAAAUCAUCAGAUAAAUGUCAAUGUAAACCUCUGCGAAUUAAAAAAGAUAAAGAAAUAUUUGUCAUACAUCGAUAUAUAUCUAAAAGAAAAAUGUAUAUCCCCGAUAAAACAUCCGCCGUUGAUAUCCGAUUGAAAGAAAAAAAAAUAACAGAGCUGAAAGUCUAUAAGGAAGUUCCAACCCAUACAUCAACGAUACCCAUAAGAAAUGUAGCAUCUACGACAAAUACAUGUAAAGACAAUUCUCGUAACAAAUAUAAAAAUCCUUUUGAACUUCUAAAAGAAAAAGAAUUAUCAAACGAUGAAUUUUCUAUAGAAAAAGUUAUGUUUGUACCGCUUAAAAUAUUGGAAGAACCAAAAGUCCAUAAGCCAGAUAAAAUUAAAAAAUCAGAGAUAAAUACAGAUCAAUGUGCGAAAGUUAAUUCGAAGGAAACUUCUAAACCUCUACAUGCAUCAUUGACAACUUCGAAUCAAGAAGUCAAUAUAUCUCUAAACAAAGUUCAAGGUGUAGCGAAAUAUCCAACAAGUAGGGAAUUCUUAGAGCAUAUAACGAAAGAAUGCCAUAAAAAGAAAUAUAAGAAAACAGAUAUCUCACCCGAAGAGGAAAAUACAAAACAGGAUAAAAUACCAUGUAGAUGCCUAAAAAAUGAGGAGUCAAAAAAAAUAGAUACAACGAAAACCGGAAGUGAAUCAUCAGAAUUACAGGACAGGAGGAUAUCAGAAAAAAAAUCGGAAAACUCAUCGCCAUCGGCCAAACAAUUCUUAGAUGAACUAGAAAAAAUGUGUGCCGAAAAAAUAUGUAUAUGUGAAGCCAAAGAUGAAAACAACAGAAGGGAGGAAGUGAAGGUGGAUGAAACUGAAAUCGAUAGCAAUAAUCUUUUGGCAAAUAUACCAAUAUUCAAAACAGAUGAAGAAAGAGCAAAAGAGGGCAAACUAAUUAUUUACAAGCAAAAUGAAUCAAGCCAACCUAGUUUAGGUGACAGUCGAUCAUCUGAAGAUUCAAGAAAACCUUCAUUGAAAAUAAUUAUUGAAGGUCUUCCGUAUGUAGAAGAUUUAAUACCAGAUGAUAUAAAUUACGAAUUUGAACGAUCUGAACUUGAAAAAAUAUCGACGUUGGAGCCGAAAGAGGAAUUGGAUAACCAAAAUGAAAGCCGAAAAUAUGAAGAGGCAACGAUCGAUUCAUUAUUACCUUCCUUUGGAAUUCUUACAUUGGAAAUUUCAAGUGAAAAGCAAGAUACAAUAGAAAAAAAAUCGGACAAAUCAUCGCCAUCGACCAAACGAUUUUUAGAUAAACUAGAAAAAAUUUGUGCCGAAAAAAUAUGUAAAUGUGAAGCCAAAGAUGAAAAUAAGAGAAAGGAGAAAGUGGAGGUGGAUAAAACUGAAAUCGAUAACAAUAAUCUUUUGGCAAAUAAACCGAAAUUCAAACCAGAUGAAGAAAAAGCGCAAGGGAGAAAACCUUCAUUGAAAAUAGUUAUUGAAGGUCUUCCGUAUGUAGAAGAUUUAAUACCUGAUGAUAUAAAUUAUGAAUUUGAACGAUCUGAACUUGAAAAAAUAUCAAUGUUGAAGCCGAAAGAGGAAUUGAAUAACAAAGAUGGAAGCCGAAAAGAUAAAGAGGCAACGAUCGAUUCAGUAUUACCUUCUUUUGGAAUUCCUACAUUGGAAAUUUCAAGAGUAAAGCAAGAUACAAUAGAAAAAAAAUCGGACAAAUCAUCGCCAUCGACCAAACAAUUUAUAGAUAAACUAGAAAAAAUUUGUGCCGAAAAAAUAUGUAUAUGUGAAGCCAAAGAUGAAAAUAAGAGAAAGGAGAAAGUGCAGGUGGAUGAAACUGAAAUUGAAAACAAUAAUAUUUUGGCAAUAAUACCGAUAUUAAAACCAGAUGAACCAGAUGAAGCCAAAGAUGAAAAUAAGAGAAAGGAGAAAGUGAGGGUGGAUGAAACUAAAAUCGAUAGCAGUAAUCUUUUGGCAAUAAUACCGAUAUUAAAACCAGAUGAAGAAAAAGCUCAAGAGGGAAAACCUUCAUUAAAAAUAGUUAUUGAAGGUCUUCCAUAUGUAGAAGAUUUCACACCAGAUGAUGAAAAUUACGAAUUUGAACGAUCUGAACUUGAAAAAAUAUCAACAUUGAAGUCGAAAAAGGAAUUGGAUAACCAAGAGGGAAGUCGAAAAGAUAUAGAGGCAACUAUCGAUUCAUUACCUUCCUUUGAAACUCCAACAUUAGAAAUUCUAAGUGAAAAGCAAGAUACAAUAGAAAAAAAAUUGGAGAAAUCAUCGCCAUCGUCCAAACAAUUUUUAGAUAAACUAGAAAAAAUUUAUGCCGAAAAAAUAUGUAAAUGUGAAGUCAAAGAUGAAAAUAAGAGAAGGGAGAAAGUGAAGGUGGAUGAACCUAAAAUCGAUAUCAGUAAUCUUUUGGCAAUAAUACCGAUAUUAAAACCAGAUGAAGCCAAAGAUGAAAAUAGAAAGGAGAAAGUGAGGGUGGAUGAAACUAAAGUCGAUAGCAGUAAUCUUUUGGCAAUAAUACCGAUAUUAAAACCAGAUGAAGAAAAAGCGCAAGAGGGAAAACCUUCAUUAAAAAUAGUUAUUAAAGGUCUUCCAUAUGUAGAAGAUUUAACACCAGAUGAUAAAAAUUACGAAUUUGAACGAUCUGAACUUGAAAAAAUAUCAACAUUGAAGUCGAAAGAGGAAUUGGAUAACCAAGAGGAAAGCCGAAAAGAUAUAGAGGCAACUAUCGAUUCAUUACCUUCCUUUGAAAUUCCUUCAUUUGAAAUUCCGAGUGAAAAGCAAGAUACAAUAGAUGCACACCGAGCGGAUGAUGAAGUAGUUGAAAGGACAGAAUCUAAAAUUGGAGAUAAAAACGAGGAAAUAGAUAGAAGACAGAACGAAAAAGAGAUUGGUGGAGAAGAGGUACCAACAAAACAAACAGAAAUUUCAUCCCGAUCAGAUUUAACUGAGGAUGAAGAUAAGUUCUCAAGCCUUGGAGAGUUGAGAAAAGAUAAAUACAUAAAACUUAGCGAUGAAGAGAGAAAACAAAAAACUAGUGAUGAAGAAGAAAAUCUCGAUACACAAGAGCUUGAAAUGGAAAAGCAAUAUCAAAUUGAUGGAAAAGAUAUUUCAACAAUAGCACAUGAAACCCAGGAAGAAUCAUCGAAGAAAGAUGUUACAUUGGCUGGUCUCCAGCUUGAAGGCACAAAACAAAUAAAAAGCGAUGGAGAAGAUGAUAUGGAUAAAAACCAGAUGGCAGAAAAUGACGAAGAGCAUAAAGCCGAAGAAGGAGAGAUUUUAAGAGGAGCAUCAGAAACUUCUACUCAGGCAGAAAAUAUCAAGAAACGAAAAAUUAGUUUUGCAGUAGGGGAAGAGUACAAAAAACCGGUUGAUGAAGAUAAAACUGUAGGAGAGAAUAUUUUAACAAAAUUAGUGGAAUCCCCAAUCCUUGAUAUUGGAGAUAUGAAAUCAAAAAUCAGUAAUGAAGAACAAAAAAUUGCUACUGAACGGGACGAAAACUUUGGAAAAGAUUCUGAAUCUGGAGCAAAGGAUAUUUCCAGAGUAUCCCCUGAAACUUCAGUUGGGCCAGAUUCCUUAAGUCUUGAAGUAGAAGUUGUGACACAAAAAAUUAGUGGAGAAAGAAAACAGGUCGGAAAAGAAGCUAUGAGAAAAGAAAUUUCAAUAGAAGCACCUGAACCUUCAUUAGAGCUAAAUAGAAAAAUAUCCAGAAAACAAGUCGAUAAAGAUAAAGAAAAAGAGAUUCUUCUAAAAUCGCCUAAAUCGUCAAGCCAAUUAACCGACCAAGAAUAUGUCAGCCAAAAACCCCUUGGACCUAUAAAAGGGGAAGAUGUAAUUGAUAACAAUAAAAUUCAUCUAGAGUUUCUCGAACUCAAAGAUUCUGAUAAACAAAGAGAUAUCGAAACAACAAAAGUUGACAAAGGAGAAAUUCAAGGAACGAUUGAAUUAUUGAUUCGACAAUGUACAGAGAGAGAAAAAGAAAAACAUGGACCUAAACAAUAUUCACCUUUACUGGAUAUAAAAGAGAAAAAGGAUACAAAACUGAUUGAACAAAAAGGGGAUCAAAUGGAAACUAAAGAUGAAAUCAAAAAGCCCUCCCUUCUAAGUGUCACAGAACUUUCAACAGAUGCAUCUAAAAUUUCAACCAAACCUAGUUUAACUCAUGAACUUGAUGAAGAUCAAGGCGCAACACAAAGAAUUGGGGACGGGAAAGAGAAAAUCGAUGAAAAACAUCUUGAUAAACGACAAUAUGAUUCUGAAAGUGAAUAUGUUCCAUUGAAAGCACCUGAAAUAUCAACCAAACUGAAAUUAGCCGAGAAAGAUGGUAAACUCUCAAGACUUGAAGAUUUAGAUAUAGAAAAAAAACAUGUCGACGAGAGGAAAGAGAUUGAUAAAAAAUUGAUCGAUGAAAUUAAAGAUCAAUAUGAUGCUAAUGGAAAUAUAAUUCCAACAGAAGCACUCGAUACUCCAACCCAACCAAAAUCAACCGAGAAAGAGGAUGAGUUCUCAAGACCAGAAUAUCAAGACGCAGAACGGAAAAGAGGGGACAGUGUAGAGGAAAUUGAUAGAAAACAGUCCGAUCGUGAUAAAGCACCAUAUGGUUCUGAAAAGAUAGAUAUAUCAAUCGAAGCACCUGAAAUUAAAUCUCAACCUAGAUCAACUGAAACAAAGGAUAAAUUCUCAGGUCUAGGAUAUCCAGACGCAGAACAAGAAAUUGGGGACAAGAGAGAGGAAAUCGCUAAAAAACAACUCGAUGAAGGACAAAAAGAUUCUGAAAUGAAAGAUAUUUCAACAAAAGCACCUGACAUUUCAAUCAAACCUAUAUCAGCCGAAAAAGAUGAUAAAUACUCAAGACUUGAAGAUCAAGAUUCAGAGCAAGAACACGUCGACAAUAAAGAGGAAAUGGAUAAGAAAGUGAUCGCUAAAAAUGAAGAUCAAUAUGAAAUUAUUCCAAGAAGUGUACUCGAUACUCCAACCCAACCAAAGUUAGCCGAGAAAGAAGAUGAGUUAUCAAGACCAGAGGAUCAAGACGCAGAACGAAAAAUUGGAGACAGUGUAGGGGAAAUAGAUAAAAAACAAUUUGAUGAAGUACAGGAUGAUGCUGAAAUGAAUAAAAUUUCAACGAUAGCACCUUAUGUGUCAAUCAAAUCGAGAUUAGCCGAAAAAGAGGAUGGGUUCUCGAGACUUGAAGUUCAAGACGAUGGACAAAAAAUUGGGUACAAGGGGAAGGAAAUGGAUAGAAAAGAGCUAGUUAAAGAUGAAGGGCAAAUUAAAAAAGAAAAACAAAAAUAUAAACCUGAAGAGAAAGGCAAAAUACACCUUGAAAAUAUAAAAGGAAAAGAUCUAAUCGAGGGGCUUGAAGCUCACGUGGAAAUUCUAAAACUGAAAGAUCCAAAUAGAGAAAGAACUGGCAAUAAAAAUCAGGAUGACAAAGUAGAAUUUCAGAACGCAGUAGAAGGAGGAGAUGAAUUGUUAAUCCGCAAAAUGGCACAAGUUAAAAUGGAAACACAUAAGAGAGACUACACAACAGAUAAAUGGGAUGGACAAAAGGAUACUGAACAGGUUGGAAAAAGUAGAAUAUAUAGAGAUAGAUAUGACAGAACCAAAAAAUAUCCUCCUCUUGGUGAAAGUGUAAGCAAAGAAAAUUUAUAUGUAGAAAAAAGCAACGUCCAACCGGAAGGAAAGGAUGAAUUCAAGAGACAAAUAAUUGAAGAUACUAAAGACAAAUUUGGUCUGGAGAAAGAGAAACUUGACCGAGACCGAGAUCAGGAAUCUGAAGAGGGUGAAAUCAAAAAAGGAGAAAUUGGUGGUACAACAGAUAAAAAAGCCGAUUUCGAACGAAAGCAAAAAAAAGAGGAAAGAAAGCUUGAUCAAAAGAAAGAUCAGAAAGAACUUGAGAAGAGUGGUAAAAUACCUGAGACCCGAGGUUUUUCUGUUGGAGAAAUUGAAAUGAAGAGAGAUAGGGAUGGUGAACUUGACAUAGACCAUGUUCAAGAAUCUGAUAAACAAAAAAAAGUCACAGGAAAGGAUGACAUGAAAAGACGGGAAAUUGGCGAUACUAAGGAAGAAAAAGACGAUUUUGAUCGUGAGAAAAAGGAAGAGGAAAGUCAGAUAGAUCGAGCAAAAUAUCAGGAAGAACUCAAAAAGAGAGAUGAAAUAGAUACAACUGGAGGUAUUGCAGCUGAAACAAUCGAAAUGAAGAUUGAUAUAAAAGAUGAACUUGACGAAGAACGAGUUCAGGAAUUUGACAAACGAAAAGAAGUCGCUAGAAAGGAUGAAACAAAAAUCCAAGAAUUUGAUGAUAAUAAAGAUAAAAACGAAGAUUUGGAUCGAAUGGAAGAGAAAAGACAACUAGAUCGAAAAAUAUCCCAGGAGGAACUCGAAAAGAGAGUUGAAAUAGAUUCGACUGAAGGUAUUCCCGAUGAGAAAAUGGAAAAUCAGAAAGAUAGAGAAGGUGAGCUCGACAAAGACAUAGUUCAGGGAGCUGACCAACAAAUAGAUGUCACAGCAAUGGAUGAAAUCAAAAGCCGAGAAAUUGGUGAUACUAAUGAAAAAAAAGACUCUUUUGAUCAAGAGAAAAAGGAAAGCCAACUAGAUAGAAUGAAAGAACAAGAAGAACUCAAGAAAAGAGAUGAAAUAACUAAGACUGGAGGUAUUACUGAAGAAGGAAUUGAAAUGAAAAGAGAUAAGGAAGGUACAUUUGACAAAGACCGAGUUCAGGAACCCGACAAACAAAUAGAUGUUACAGGAGAGGUUGAAAGAGGAAUUGGCGAUACAAAAGAUGAAAAAGCCGUUUUUGAUAGACAGAAAAGAGAAGAGGAAAAACAACUACUUCGAAAAGAAGAACAAGUAGAACCUAAAAAAACCGAAAAAAUAACUAAGACUGGGGGUAUUCCCGAUAAAAAAAUUGAAAUGAAAAAAGAAAGGGAAGGUGAACUUGACAAAUACCGAGAUCAGAAAUCUGACACCAUGGAUAAAAUUUUACAGGGAGAGUUUGGGAGACUGAACUUAUAUGUUUACAAAACGAAUGGAAGGAAAAUUCAAACUGAAGAGGGAGGUGAGAUCAAAAAGGCCGAUUUUGAUAAAAAUCAAAAAGAAAAACAACUAGAUCGAAACAAAGAUCAAGAGGAACUCAACAAGGGAGUUGGAGAAAUCAAAAGUGGGGAUAUUCCUGGUCGUAGAACCGAAAUGAAGAAAGAUGGGGAAGUUAAACUUGACAAAAACCGUGUUCAGGAAUCUGACACCAAAGAUAAAAUCAUGCAAGGUGAGUUUGGGAGACUGAACAUAUAUGUUUACAAAAAGAAUGAGAGGAAGAACCAAAAGGAAGAGGUAAUUAAAUUCCCAGAAGACAAUAUUGAUAGAAAGCAAAAAGAAGGGAAACAACAGCCAGAUCGGACGAAAGAUCAAGAAAAAUCUACGAAAAGAGAUGAAACGCUUGAAAGAGGGGGCAUUUCUGGUGAAGAGAUUGAAGUGAACAAAGAAAGGGAAGUCCCAGUUCAGGAAUCGGACCAACAAAGAGAUGUUCAAAGAAAAGAUGAAAUCAAAAGUCGAGAAAUAGGAGGAACGAAAGAUGGGGAAGCCGAUAUUCAUCGACAGAAGGAAGACGAGGAAAAAUUACUGGAUCGUAGGAAAGAUCCAGAAGACCUUGAGAAGGGAGAUGAAAUAACUAAAACUCCAAGCAUUUCUGAUGAAAAGAUUGAAUUGAAGAGGGACGGGGAAGGUAAAAUUGAUACAGACCAUGCUCAAGAACCUGACAAGCAAAAAGAAGUCACUGGAAAGGAUGAAAUCAAAAUCCAAAAAAUUGGUGAUACAAAAGAUGAAAGGGGCGAAUCUCCUAGAGAGAGGAAGGAAGAAGAAGAACAGCUAGAUCGAGAAAAGGAUCAAGAAGAACUUGAGAAAAAGGAUAAGAUGUUAGAGACUGGAAGUGUUUCUGUAGAAAAAAUUGGAAUGAAAAAAGAUGAGGAAUAUAAACUUGACAGAGAACAAGGUCAGAAAUCUGAGGAGAAAAAAGGAAUCACAGAAAAAAUUGAUGAUACUCAUGACAAAAAAUACGAAUCUUAUCGAGAGCAAAAAGAAGAGGGAAGACAGCUUGAUCGAAAGGAAGAUCAUGAAGAACUUGAAAAGAAAGAAACAAUAUUGGAGACCGGAGGUUUUUCUGUUGCAGAAAUUGAAAUGAAGAAAGAUGGAGAAGGUGUACUUGACAAAGAACGAGUUCAGGAAUCUGAAAAGAAAAAAGGAAUCACAGAAAAGGAUCAAAUCAAAAGCCAAGAAAUUGGUGAUACUAAAGCUAAAAAAGACGAUUUCGAUCGAGACAAAAAAGAAGAGGAAAGACAGCUAGAUCGAAAGAAAGAUCAAGAAGAACUUGAGAAGAAAGAUAAAAUAUUGGGGACUGAAGGUAUUCCUGUUGGGAAAAUGGAAAUUGAGAAAGAUAAGGAAGGUAAACUUGACAGAGAACGAGUUCAGGAAUCUGAAGAGAAAAAAGAAGUCGAAGAAAAGGAUGAAAUCAAAAGCCAAGAAAUUGGUGAUACUAAAGAUAAAAUAGACGAAUCUGAUCGAGGGUAUAUGGAAGAAAAAAUACAGCUAGAUCGAAAGAAAGAUGAAUUAUUGGAGACUAAAAUUAUUUCUGUUCCAAAAAUUGAAAUGAAAGAAGAUGAGAAAGGUGAACUCGACGAAGUCCGAGUUCAGGAAUCUGAGGAGGAAAAAGUCACAGGAGAAAAAGACAUCCAAAGCCAAAAAAUUGGUGAUACUAAAGAUGAAAAAGACGAAUCUGAUCGAAAAAAAGAGGAAGAGAAAAGGCAGCUAGUUCGAAAGAAAGAUAAAGAAGAAAUUGAAAAGAAAGAUAAAAUAUUGGAGACUGGAAGAAUUUCUGUUGUGAAAAUUGAUAUGAAGAAAGAUGGGGAAGGUAAACUUGACCAAGACCUAGUUCAGGAGUCUGAGGGGAAAAAAGAAAUCACAGGAAAGGAUGAAAUCAAAGGAUUGAAUGAUACUAAAGAUGAAAAAUACGAAUCUGAUCAUGAGAAAAAGGAAGAAGAAAGACAGCUAGAUCGAAAAAAAGAACAAGAAAUUCAGAAAGAUGGGGAAGGCAAAAUUGAGAAAGACCGAAUUUGGGAAUCUGACAAAAAAGAAGUCAUAAGAAAAGAUGAAAUCAAAAGCCAAGAAUUUCGUGAUACUAAUGAAACAAAAGAAUUUCUUGAUCGGGAGAAAAAGGAUAGACAUCUAGAUCCAACCAAAGAUAUGGCAGAACUCAAGAAAAAGGAUGAGAUAACUAAGACUGAAGGUAUUAUUGAUAAAGAAAUUGAAACAAAGAAAGAUAAGGAAGGAACACUUGACAAAGAGCGUGAUCAGGAAUCCGACAAACAAAUAUAUGUCUCAGGAGAGGAUGAGAGUGCAAUUGGUGAUACGAAAGAUAAAGUAGCCGUUUUUGAUGGACAGAAAAGGGAAGAUGAAAAACAGCUCGUUCGAAAGAAAGAACAAGAAGAAUCUAUUAAAAGAGAAAAAAUAACUAAGACUGAGGGUGAUCCUGAUAGAAAUAUCGAUAUGAAGAAAGAAAGGGAAGGUAAAGUUGACAAAUACCAAGUUCAGGAAUCUGACAUCAAAAAUAAAAUGACACAAGGUGAGUUUGGUAGACUGAACAUAUAUGUUUACAAAAAGAAUGAAAGGAAGAUCCAAAUUAAGGAGGGAGUUGAAAUCCCAACAGACGAUAUUGGUAAGAAGCAAAAAGAAGGGGAAAAACAACUAGAUCGGAGUAAACAUCAAAAAGAAAUCAAAAAGGAAAAAGAAAAAAUUGAAAGUGGGGGUAUUCCUAGUCGAAAAAUCGAAGAUAAGAAAGGUAAAUUGGACAUAUAUCAAGUUCAGGAAUCAGACACAAGAGAUAAAAUGACUCAAGGUGAGUUUGGGAGACUGAACAUAUAUGUUUACAAAAAAAAUGAGGAGAAAACCAAAUAUGAAGAGAAAGUUAAAAUUUCAAAAGAAGACAAUGAAAGGAAGCAAAAAGAGGAGGAAAAACAGCUAGAUCGAAAAACAGACGAAGAAUCUAAGAAAAGGGAUGAAAUGCCUGAGAGUAUGGAUAUUCUUGAUAGAAAAAUUGAUUUGAAGAAAGAUAGGGAAGGUGAACCUUUUGAAGUCCGAGUUAAUGAAACAGAUCAAAAAAGAGAUGACCUGAAACAGGAUGAGAUCAAAAGCCGUGAAAUAGCAGAAACAAAAGAUUGGGAAGUCGACAUUGAUCGACAGAAAGAAGACGAGGAAAAAUUACUGAGUCAAAAAAAAGGUCAAGAAGAACUCAAAGAGGGCGAUGAAAUAACUAAAACUGGGGGUAUUCCUGGAGAAAAACUUGAAAUGAAGAAAGAGAGAGAAGGUGAACUUGACACAGGCCUUGCUCAAGAACCUGACAAGCAUAAAGAAGUCACAGAAAAGGAUGAAAUCGAAAGCCAAAAAAUUGUUGAUACUGAAGAUGCAAGAGACGAAUCUGAUCGAGAGAAAAAGGAAAAGGAAAGGCAGCUAGAUCGAAAGGAAGAUCGAGCAAAACUUGACAAAGGAGAUAUAUUAAUGGAGACUGUAGGUAUUCCGGUUGAAAAAAUUGAAAUGAAGAAGGAUGGGGAAGGUGAACUUGACAAAGAUCGAGUUCGGGAAUCUGAGGGGAAACAAGAACUCACAGAAAAGCAUGAAAUCAUAACACAAGAACUUGGUGAUACUAAAGAUAAAAAAGAUUUUGAUCGAGGCAAGAUGGAAGAGGAACGACAGCUAGAUCGAAAGAAAGAUCAAGAAGAACUUAAAACGAAAGAUAAAAUAUUGGAGACUGGAGAUAUUUCUGUUGGAAAACUUGAUAUAAAGAAAGAUGGGGAAGGUAAACUUGACAAAGACCGACUCCAGGAAAUAGAGGAGAAAAAACAAGUCACAGGAAAGGAUGAAAUGAGAAGCCGUGAAAUUGGCGAUACUAAAGAUAAAAAAGACGAUUUUGAUCGAGACAUAAUGGAAGAGGAAAGACAGCAGGAUCGAAAGCAAUAUCAAGAAGAACUUGAGAAGAAAGAUAAAAUGUUGAAGACUGAAGGUAUUCCUGUUGAAAAACUUGAAAUAAAAAAAGAUGGGGAAGGUAAACUUGACAAAGACCGAGUUCAAGAAAUAGAGGAGAAAAAACUUGUCACAGGAAAGGAUGAAAUCAAAAGGCGAGAAAUUGGUGAGACUAAAGAUGAAAAAGACGAUUCUAAACGAGACAAGAUGGAAGAGGAAAGACCGCUGGAUCGAGAGAAAGAUCUAAAAGAACUUAAGAAGGAAGAUAAAAUAUUGGAGAGUGGAGAUAUUCCUGUUGGAAAACUUGAAAUAAAGAAAGAUGGAGAGGGUAAACUUGACAAAGACCGAGUUCAGGAAAUAGAGGAGAAAAAACAAGUCACAGGAAAAGAAGGAAUCAAAAGCCGUGAAAUUGGCGAUACUAAAGCUAAAAAAGACGAUUUGGGUCGGGAUAAAAAGGAAGAGGAAAGACAGCUAGAUCGAAAGAAAGAUCGAGAAGAACUUGAGAGGAAAGAUAAAAUGUUGGAGACUGGAAGUAAACUUGAAAUAAAGAAAUAUGGGGAGGGUAAACCUGGCAAAGACCUUGUUCCGGAAACUGAGAAAAAAAAACAACUCACAGGAAAGGAUGAAAUCAAAAGCCGUGAAAUUGACGAUACUAAAGCUAAAAAAGACGAUUUGGGUCGGGACAAAAAAGAAGAGGAAAGACAGCUAGAUCGAAAGAAAGAUCAAGAAGAACUCGGAAAGAAAGAUAAGAUGUUGGAGACUGGAGGUAUUCCUGUUGGAAAACUUGAAAUAAGGAAAGAUGGGGAGGAUAAACCUGGCAAGGACCUAGUUCCGGAAACUGAGAAGAAUAAAGAAGUCACAGAAAAGGAUGAAAUCAAAAGCCGUGAUAUUGGCGAUACUAAAGCUAAAAAAGACGCUUUGGAUCGCGACAAAAAAGAAGAGGAAAGACAGCUAGAUCGGAAGAAAGAUCAAGAAGAACUUGAGAAGAAAGAUAAAAUGUUGGAGGCUGGAAGUAAACUUGAAAUGAAGAAAGAUGGGCAGGGUAAACUUGAAAAAGACCGAGUUCAGGAAAUAGAGGAGAAAAAACAAGUCACAGGAAAGGAUGAAAUCAAAAGCCGUGAAAUUGGCGAUACUAAAGCUAAAAAAGACGAUUUCGAUCGAGACAAAAAAGAAGAGGAAAGACAGCUAGAUCGAAAGAAAGAUCAAGAAGAACUUGGGAAGAAAGAUAAAAUGUUGGAGACUGGAGGUAUUCCUGUUGGCAAACUUGAAAUAAAGAAAGAUGGGGAAGGUAAACCUGGUGAAGACCUAGUUCCGGAAACUGAGAAGAAGAAAGAAGUCACAGGAAAGGAUGAAAUCAAAAGCCGUGAAAUUGGCGAUACUAAAGCUAAAAAAGACGAUUUGGGUCGAGACAAAAAGGAAGAGGAAAGACAGCUAGAUCGGAAGAAAGAUCAAGAAGAACUUGAGAAGAAAGAUAAAAUGUUGGAGGCUGGAAGUAAACUUGAAAUGAAGAAAGAUGGGCAGGGUAAACUUGAAAAAGACCGAGUUCAGGAAAUAGAGGAGAAAAAACAAGUCACAGGAAAGGAUGAAAUCAAAAGCCGUGAAAUUGGCGAUAUUAAAGCUAAAAAAGACGAUUUCGGUCGAGACAAAAAAGAAGAGGAAAGACAGCUAGAUCGAAAGAAAGAUCAAGAAGAAUUUGGGAAGAAAGAUAAAAUGUUGGAGACUGGAGGUGUUCCUGUUGAAAAACUUGAAAUAAAGAAAGAUGGGGAGGGUAAACCUGGUAAAGACCUAGUUCCGGAAACUGAGAAGAAAAAAGAAGUCACAGGAAAGGAUGAAAGCAAAAGCCGUGAAAUUGACGAUACUAAAGCUAAAAAAGACGAUUUGGAUCGAGACAUAAUGGAAGAGGAAAGGAAGCUAGAUCGAAGGAAAGAUCAAGAAGAACUUGGGAAGAGAGAUAAAAUGUUGGAGACUGGAGGUAUUCGUGUUGGAAAAUUUGAAAUAAAGAAAGAUGGGGAGGGUAAACUUGAAAAAGACCGAGUUCAGGAAAUAGAGGAGAAAAAAAAAGUCACAGGAAAGGAUGAAAUCAAAAGACAAGAAAUUGGUGAUACUAAAGCUAAAAAAGACGAUAUGGGUCGAGACAAAAAGGAAGAGGAAAGACAGCUAGAUCGAAAGGAAGAUCAAGAAGAACUUAAGAAGAAAGAUGAAAUAUUGGAGACUGGAGGGAUUCCUGUUGGAAAAAUGGAAAUUGAGAAAGGUGGGGGAGGUAAACUUGACAAAGACCGUGUUCAGAAAAUAGAGGAAAAAAAUCAAGUCACACUAAAAGAUGAAAUCAAGAACCGAGAAAUUGGCGAUACCAAAGAUAAAAAAGAGAAAGACGAACGAAUGCUAGUUAAAAAAAAGGAACAAGAAAAACCUAAGAAAAGAGAAGAAACAACUAAGGCUGGAGAUUUUCCUGGUGGAAGUGAAGCGCAAAAAGACAGGGGAAGUAAACUUGCCGAAUACCAAGUUCAGGAUUCUCACACCAAAGAUGAAAUGACUCGAGGAGAGUUUGGGAGACUGAACAUAUACGUUUACAAAAAAAAUGACAGGAAGGAUCGAAAUGAAAUUAUAGGGAUAAAAAUGCAUUUGAAGGAUACUGAUCAAGAACGAAGAAAUGAUAUGGAGCUAGGAAAAAUUGAAGGAAAAUAUGAAACGAAUUAUCAAAAAUACCAAAUUCGAAAACCAGAAAUUGAGAAAGAUAGAAAAGUUGAACCUGACAAACGACAGGUUCAGGAAUCUGACAAACAGAAAGGAGAUACAGGAAAAGAUGCAAUUAAAGAUCUUAAAAUUGAUGCUACUAAAGAAAAAAAGGCGGCUCUUGAUCGAAAGCUAAAAGAUGAGGAAAAACAACUAGAUCGAAAAAAAGAUCAGGAGGGACUCAAAGAAAGAGAAGAUAUAACUAAGACUGCGGGUAUUCCUGGUGGCAAAAUUGAUAUGAAGGAAGAUAGAAAAAUUGAACCUGACAAACGACAGGUUCAGGAAUCUGACAAACAGAAAGGAGAAACAGAAAAAGAUGCAAUUAAAGGUCCUAAAAUUGAUACUACUGAAGAAAAAAAGGCGGAUCUUGAUCGAGAGCUAAAAGAUGAGGAAAAACCACUAGAUCGAAAAAAAGAUCAGGAGGGACUCAAAGAAAGAGAAGAAAUAACUAAGACUGCGGGUAUUCCUGGUGGCAAAAUUGAUAUGAAGGAAGAUAGAAAAGUUGAACCUGACAAACGACAGGUUCAGGAAUCUGACAAACAGAAAGGAGAUACAGGAAAAGAUUCAAUUAAAGGUCCUAAAAUUGAUGCUACUAAAGAAAAAACGGCGGAUCUUGAUCGAAAGCUAAAAGAUGAGGAAAAACAACUAGAUCGAAAAAAAGAUCAGGAGGGACUCAAAGAAAGAGAAGAAAUAACUAAGACUACGGGUAUUCCUGGUGGCAAAAUUGAUAUGAAGGAAGAUAGAAAAGUUGAACCUGACAAACGACAGGUUCAGGAAUCUGACAAACAGAAAGGAUAUACAGGAAAAGAUGCAAUUAAAGGUCCUAAAAUUGAUGCUACUGAAGAAAAAGAGGCGGAUCUUGAUCGAAAGCUAAAAGAUGAGGAAAAACAACUAGAUCGAAAAAAAGAUCAGGAGGGACUCAAAGAAAGAGAAGAAAUAACUAAGACUGCGGGUAUUCCUGGUGGCAAAAUUGAUAUGAAGGAAGAUAGAAGAGUUGAACCUGACAAACGACAGGUUCAGGAAUCUGACAAACAGAAAGGAGAUACGGGAGAAGAUGCAAUUAAAGGUCCUAAAAUUGAUGCUACUAAAGAAAAAGAGGCGGAUCUUGAUCGAAAGCUAAAAGAUGAGGAAAAACAACUAGAUCGAAAAAAAGAUCAGGAGGGACUCAAAGAAAGAGAAGAAAUAACUAAGACUGCAGGUAUUCCUGGUGGCAAAAUUGAUAUGAAGGAAGAUAGAAAAGUUGAACCUGACAAACGACAGGUUCAGGAAUCUGACAAACAGAAAGAAGAUACAGGAAAAGAUGCAAUUAAAGGUCCUAAAAUUGAUGCUACUAAAGAAAAAAAGGGGGAUCUUGAUCGAAAGCUAAAAGAUGAGGAAAAACAACUAGAUCGAGAAAAAGAUCAGGAGGGACUCAAAGAAAGAGAAGAAAUAACUAAGACUACGGGUAUUCCUGGUGGCAAAAUUGAUAUGAAAGAAGAUAGAAAAGUUGAACCUGACAAACGACAGGUUCAGGAAUCUGACAAACAGAAAGGAUAUACAGGAAAAGAUGCAAUUAAAGGUCCUGAAAUUGAUGCUACUAAAGAAAGAGAGGCGGAUCUCGAUCGAAAGCUAAAAGAUGAGGAAAAACAACUAGAUCGAAAAAAAGAUCAGGAGGGACUCAAAGAAAGAGAAGAAAUAACUAAGACUGCAGGUAUUCCUGGUGGCAAAAUUGAUAUGAAGGAAGAUAGAAAAGUUGAACCUGACAAACGACAGGUUCAGGAAUCUGACAAACAGAAAGGAGAUACAGGAAAAGAUGCAAUUAAAGGUCCUAAAAUUGAUGCUACUAAAGAAAAAAAGGGGGAUCUUGAUCGAAAGCUAAAAGAUGAGGAAAAACAACUAGAUCGAGAAAAAGAUCAGGAGGGACUCAAAGAAAGAGAAGAAAUAACUAAGACUACGGGUAUUCCUGGUGGCAAAAUUGAUAUGAAGGAAGAUAGAAGAGUUGAACCUGACAAACGACAGGUUCAGGAAUCUGACAAACAGAAAGGAGAUACGGGAGAAGAUGCAAUUAAAGGUCCUAAAAUUGAUGCUACUAAAGAAAAAAAGGCGGAUCUUGAUCGAAAGCUAAAAGAUGAGGAAAAACAACUAGAUCGAAAAAAAGAUCAGGAGGGACUCAAAGAAAGAGAAGAAAUAACUAAGACUGCGGGUAUUCCUGGUGGCAAAAUUGAUAUGAAGGAAGAUAGAAGAGUUGAACCUGACAAACGACAGGUUCAGGAAUCUGACAAACAGAAAGGAGAUACGGGAGAAGAUGCAAUUGAAGGUCCUAAAAUUGAUGCUACUAAAGAAAAAAAGGCGGAUCUUGAUCGAAAGCUAAAAGAUGAGGAAAAACAACUAGAUCGAAAAAAAGAUCAGGAGGGACUCAAAGAAAGAGAAGAAAUAACUAAGACUGCGGGUAUUCCUGGUGGCAAAAUUGAUAUGAAGGAAGAUAAAAAAGUUGAACCUGACAAACGACAGGUUCAGGAAUCUGACAAACAGAAAGGAGAUACAGGAAAAGAUGCAAUUAAAGUUCCUAAAAUUGAUGCUACUAAAGAAAAAAAGGCGGAUCUUGAUCGAAAGCUAAAAGAUGAGGAAAAACAACUAGAUCGAAAAAAAGAUCAGGAGGGAAUCAAAGAAAAAGAAGAAAUAACUAAGACUGCGGGUAUUCCUGAUGGCAAAAUUGAUAUGAAGGAAGAUAGGAAAGUUGAGCCUGACAAGCGACAGGUUCAGGAAUCUGACAAACAGAAAGGAGAUACAGGAAAAGAUGCAAUUAAAGGUCCUAAAAUUGAUGCUACUCAAGAAAAAAAGGGGGAUCUUGAUCGAAAGCUAAAAGAUGAGGAAAAACAACUAGAUCGAAAAAAAGAUCAGGAAAGACUCAAAAAGAGAGAAGAAAUAACUAAGACUGCGGGUAUUCCUGGUGGCAAAAUUGAUAUGAAGGAAGAUAAAAAAGUUGAGCCUGACAAACGACAGGUUCAGGAAUCUGACAAACAGAAAGGAGAUACAGGAAAAGAUGCAAUUAAAGGUCCUAAAAUUGAUGCUACUAAAGAAAAAAAGGGGGAUCUUGAUCGAAAGCUAAAAGAUGAGGAAAAACAACUAGAUCGAAAAAAAGAUCAGGAGGGACUCAAAGAAAGAGAAGAUAUAACUAAGACUGCGGGUAUUCCUGGUGGCAAAAUUGAUAUGAAGGAAGAUAGAAAACUUGAACCUGACAAACGACAGGUUCAGGAAUCUGACAAACAGAAAGGAGAUACAGGAAAAGAUGCAAUUAAAGGUCCUAAAAUUGAUGCUACUAAAGAAAAAAGGGCAGAUCUUGAUCGAAAGCUAAAAGAUGAGGAAAAACAACUAGAUCGAAAAAAAGAUCAGGAGGGACUCAAAGAAAGAGAAGAAAUAACUAAGACUGCGGGUAUUCCUGGUGGCAAAAUUGAUAUGAAGGAAGAUAGAAAAGUUGAACCUGACAAACGACAGGUUCAGGAAUCUGACAAACAGAAAGGAGAUACAGGAAAAGAUGCAAUUAAAGGUCCUAAAAUUGAUGCUACUAAAGAAAAAAAGGCGGAUCUUGAUCGAAAGCUAAAAGAUGAGGAAAAACAACUAGAUCGAAAAGAUCAGGAGGGACUCAAAGAAAGAGAAGAAAUAACUAAGACUGCGGGUAUUCCUGGUGGCAAAAUUGAUAUGAAGGAAGAUAGAAGAGUUGAACCUGACAAACGACAGGUUCAGGAAUCUGACAAACAGAAAGGAGAUACGGGAGAAGAUGCAAUUAAAGGUCCUAAAAUUGAUGCUACUAAAGAAAAAAAGGCGGAUCUUGAUCGAAAGCUAAAAGAUGAGGAAAAACAACUAGAUCUAAAAAAAGAUCAGGAUGGACUCAAAGAAAGAGAAGAUAUAACUAAGACUGCGGGUAUUCCUGGUGGCAAAAUUGAUAUGAAGGAAGAUAGAAAAUUUGAAACCGACAAACGACAGGUUCAGGAAUCUGACAAACAGAAAGGAGAUACAGGAAAAGAUGCAAUUAAAGGUCCUAAAAUUGACGCUACUAAAGAAAAAAAGGCAGAUCUUGAUCGAAAGCUAAAAGAUGAGGAAAAACAACUAGAUCGAAAAAAAGAUCAGGAGGGACUCAAAGAAAGAGAAGAUAUAACUAAGACUGCGGGUAUUCCUGGUGGCAAAAUUGAUAUGAAACAAGAUAGAAAAGUUGAACCUGACAAACGACAGGUUCGGGAAUCUGACAAACAGAAAGGAGAUACAGGAAAAGAUGCAAUAAAAGGUCCUAAAAUUGAUGCUACUAAAGAAAAAAAGGCAGAUCUUGAUCGAAAGCUAAAAGAUGAGGAAAAACAACUAGAUCGAAAAAAAGAUCAGGAGGGACUCAAAGAAAGAGAAGAUAUAACUAAGACUGCGGGUAUUCCUGGUGGCAAAAUUGAUAUGAAGGAAGAUAGAAAAGUUGAACCUGACAAACGACAGGUUCAGGAAUCUGACAAACAGAAAGGAGAUACAGGAAAAGAUGCAAUUAAAGGUCCUAAAAUUGAUGCUACUAAAGAAAAAAAGGGGGAUCUUGAUCGAAAGCUUAAAGAUGAGGAAAAACAACUAGAUCGAAAAAAAGAUCAGGAGGGACUCAAAGAAAGAGAAGAAAUAACUAAGACUGCGGGUAUUCCUGGUGGCAAAAUUGAUAUGAAGGAAGAUAGAAAAGUUGAACCUGACAAACGACAGGUUCAGGAAUCUGACAAACAGAAAGGAGAUACAGAAAAAGAUGCAAUUAAAGGUCCUAAAAUUGGUGCUACUAAAGAAAAAAAGGGGGAUCUUGAUCGAAAGCUUAAAGAUGAGGAAAAACAACUAGAUCGAAAAAAAGAUCAGGAUGGACUCAAAGAAAGAGAAGAUAUAACUAAGACUGCGGGUAUUCCUGGUGGCAAAAUUGAUAUGAAGGAAGAUAGAAAAGUUGAACCUGACAAACGACAGGUUCAGGAAUCUGACAAACAGAAAGGAGAUACAGGAAAAGAUGCAAUUAAAGGUCCUAAAAUUGAUGCUACUAAAGAAAAAAAGGCGGAUCUUGAUCGAAAGCUAAAAGAUGAGGAAAAACAACUAGAUCGAAUAAAAGAUCAGGGGGGACUCAAAAAAAGAGAAGAAAUAACUAAGACUGCGGGUAUUCCUGGUGGUAAAAUUGAUAUGAAGGAAGAUAGAAAAGUUGAACCUGACAAACGACAGGUUCAGGAAUCUGACAAACAGAAAGGAGAUACAGGAAAAGAUGCAAUUAAAGGUCCUAAAAUUGAUGCUACUAAAGAAAAACAGGGGGAUAUUGAUCGAAAGCUUAAAGAUGAGGAAAAACAACUAGAUCGAAAAAAAGAUCAGGAAAGACUCAAAAAGAGAGAAGAAAUAACUAAGACUGCGGGUAUUCCUGGUGGCAAAAUUGAUAUGAAAGAAGAUAGAAAAGUUGAACCUGACAAACGACAGGUUCAGGAAUCUGACAAACAGAAAGGAGAUACAGGAAAAGAUGCAAUUAAAGGUCCUAAAAUUGAUGCUACUAAAGAAAAACAGGGGGAUAUUGAUCGAAAGCUUAAAGAUGAGGAAAAACAACUAGAUCGAAAAAAAGAUCAGGAGGGACUCAAAGAAAGAGAAGAUAUAACUAAGACUGCGGGUAUUCCUGGUGGCAAAAUUGAUAUGAAGGAAGAUAGAAAAGUUGAACCUGACAAACGACAGGUUCAGGAAUCUGACAAACAGAAAGGAGAUACAGGAAAAGAUGCAAUUAAAGGUCCUAAAAUUGAUGCUACUAAAGAAAAAAAGGGGGAUCUUGAUCGAAAGCUUAAAGAUGAGGAAAAACAACUAGAUCGAAAAAAAGAUCAGGAGAGACUCAAAGAAAGAGAAGAUAUAACUAAGACUGCGGGUAUUCCUGGUGGCAAAAUUGAUAUGAAGGAAGAUAGAAGAGUUGAACCUGACAAACGACAGGUUCAGGAAUCUGACAAACAGAAAGGAGAUACAGGAAAAGAUGCAAUUAAAGGUCCUAAAAUUGAUGCUACUAAAGAAAAAAAGGCGGAUCUUGAUCGAAAGCUAAAAGAUGAGGAAAAACAACUAGAUCGAAAAAAAAAUCAGGAGGGACUCAAAGAAAGAGAAGAAAUAACUAAGACUGCGGGUAUUCCUGGUGGCAAAAUUGAUAUGAAGGAAGAUAGAAAAGUUGAACCUGACAAACGACAGGUUCAGGAAUCUGACAAACAGAAAGGAGAUACAGGAAAAGAUGCAAUUAAAGGUCCUAAAAUUGAUGCUACUAAAGAAAAAAAGGCGGAUCUUGAUCGAAAGCUAAAAGAUGAGGAAAAACAACUAGAUCGAAAAGAUCAGGAGGGACUCAAAGAAAGAGAAGAAAUAACUAAGACUGCGGGUAUUCCUGGUGGCAAAAUUGAUAUGAAGGAAGAUAGAAGAGUUGAACCUGACAAACGACAGGUUCAGGAAUCUGACAAACAGAAAGGAGAUACGGGAGAAGAUGCAAUUAAAGGUCCUAAAAUUGAUGCUACUAAAGAAAAAAAGGCAGAUCUUGAUCGAAAGCUAAAAGAUGAGGAAAAACAACUAGAUCGAAAAAAAGAUCAGGAUGGACUCAAAGAAAGAGAAGAUAUAACUAAGACUGCGGGUAUUCCUGGUGGCAAAAUUGAUAUGAAGGAAGAUAGAAAAUUUGAAACCGACAAACGACAGGUUCAGGAAUCUGAC